AAGGAUUUGGAAAAGAGGUUCUGGGGGGAAAAUGGGGAGCAGCUCCAGCAUUCUCCCAAAUAUUUCUCCUCCCUCUGGAGCUUCCCCCUCCAGCCUCUGAUCCUUUGAUUUCCCAGCUGGAAUCUCUCCUGGCUGACCUUGGAAGCCACAUGGGAAAUCUUGGGAAAAUUAAGGAUGGAGGUCAAGGCUGAGCGAGAAAUUCCAUUUAUUAUGUAGAAUCCUGGGAUUAUUUUGGUUGGAAAAAAUCAUUAAAUCAUCAAAUCCAGCCCCAAAUUCCCUCAGCACAUUCCUAAAAGCUACGGGAGUUUCUUGGUUUGGGAUUUUUCCCUUUUGUUUGCCUCAUUUCCCAUAUUUUGAGGAAAUGGGGAUGUUGGAAAACAGCCUCCCCAUGGAGCUGAGUGCUUUUAACUCUGCUAGCUGAAAAGGAUGAAGCAGCACAUCCAUAAAAUCAUCCAGGAUGCGGCGCUGCCGGCGGCUCUGUGCCCCCGAGUGUGCGGCGCUGGCACAGAGCCCCGCGGGCUCAGCCCCACUGCGGCAGCCCCUGGGCCUGGGGAGUGCAGCAGGAGUGAGGAACCACAGCCUUCAUCCCACCCCCGGCACACAGACACGUCCCACAGCGCCAGGCAGGCAGAGGAAGAUCCAGGAUUUCUUCAGGGUGAAGGCAAAGCCGCCAGCAGGAGCUGCUGGUGCACAGAGCCGUGGGAUGAAGGAAAAGCCACUGGAUCCCUUUUCCCCUGGAGCUCCCCGUGGGAUGAAGGCAGAGCCGCUGGAUCCCUUUCCUCCUGCUCCUCCCUCUCCCUUCAGCAGCCCCUCCCUUUCCCUGCCACCUCCCAGGGCACAUCCCAGGAAAAGAGCGAUUCCCAAGGCAGAGCAGCAUCUCUGGGAGGAACCCAAGGAGAAGAUUCCAGAGCUCAGCGGGAUCCAGCAGGAAUGGCAAGAGCUGGAAGUGGAGCCCCUUCCCGAUUCCCACUACGGGCUCCUGGGCACUCGGAGCUGGCAAGUUCCUCAGGGAUCUAUGGAUGAUCUUCCUCCUGAAAUCCUCAGGAAUAUUUUUGCUUUCCUGCCAGUGCUGGAUCUGUACCAGAGCCUCAGCCUGGUGUGUCGCUGCUGGAGGGAGAUAAUCCGGGAUCCACAGUUUAUCCCUUGGAAAAAGCUCUACCACCAAUACCUGAAGAAGGAGGACUCAGCCCUGCAGAGAGUGGAGCAGAUCCUGCAGGAAUUUUCCAUAACCAAGGAGCAGCAGGGAUGUGUGCUGGGGCUGGUCAGGUUGGUCUCAUCCACAGCACCCAAGGUGGAUCCCAGCGCGCUUCUCCAGAUUUUGGAAAGUCAUCCCCUCUUCCCAAAGGCUCAAGUCUGUGUCCUCAGCAAAUUCCCAGAUUUACAGAGCAAGCCUGGGCCAGAGAAGAUGUGGGCGAUCUUUGCUGUCAUGGUGCUGUUCUCUGACGGUGUUGGUGACAUCCAGAGGCUCCUGGGAUGUUUCCGGAGGCCCCACUCGCCGCUGGCCGUGCUGGAGGUCACCGAGGUGCUGCACUGCAUGGCCACGCUGCUCCUGGCCAUGAGGAACAAGAGCAUUCCCAUCUCCAACAGGCUUCACUACAAUAUUUUCUACUGUUUGUAUCUGAUGGAAAAUGCCUGUGGAAUUGUGCAGCCUCUGGAAGAGGGAAGAGUGAAUUUGUGUUCCAGUGGAUGGGCUGAUGUCAAACUGACCCAUGAACAGCAGAGGAUUUUGAGUCACAAAAUUGAGCCUGGCCAAACAGUGAAAAUAAUGGCAUUUGCAGGCACAGGGAAAACCUCAACCUUGGUCAAGUACGCGGAGAAAUUCUCAGAGCUGAAAUUCCUUUACCUGGCUUUUAACAAAGCUGUGGCAGAGAAGGGGGAAAAGGUUUUUCCAAGGAAUGUCACCUGCAAGACCUUCCACUCCUUGGCUUUUGGAAGCAUUGGGAGACGCUACAAAGAGAAAGGCAAGCUGAACUUUUCCAAGAUGUCCGUUUAUUCCAUCAGCUUCCUCCUCCGGAACAGGAAGGGCCAACCCCUGUUUGUAAGAGGGAAAACAGUGUCCCAAACCUUGGAAAACUUCUUCUCCUCCUCAGAUGAGGAGAUCUGUGAGGAGCACACGCCCCUGUGGUUCAAAAACGCUCAGGGACUGAUGCAGCUCGUGAGCCAAGAGGAAAAGAGAAUCAACGUGGAAGAGGCCAAAGAGAUUUGGGACAACAUGAAGAAGCUGGAUGGAGACGCACAGAAGAAAUACAAGAUGACUUGUGAUGGAUAUUUGAAACUUUGGCAGCUCAGCAAGCCCCAGCUCUCGGGAUACGAUGCCAUUUUUGUGGAUGAAGCCCAGGAUUGCACUCCAGCCAUCGUGGAUAUUGUGCAAUCCCAAAAAUGUGGGAAAAUCCUGGUGGGAGACCCUCACCAGCAGAUCUACACCUUCCGAGGGGCCGUCAACACCCUCUACUUGGUGCCUCACACCCACAUGUACUACCUGACCCGGAGUUUCCGCUUCGGCCCCGAGAUCGCCUACGUGGGCUCCACGAUCCUGGACGUGUGCAAAGGGAUCCGCAGUAAAACCCUGGUGGGAGGGAGGCAAAAGGGGGACGUGCGGGGAGGCCGGGAGGGGAACGUGGCGCUGCUGUCCCGGAGCAACUGGAACGUGUUUGAGGACGCCGUGGAAUUCUCUGGGAGAGACCCCCCGGCCAAAAUCCACGUCAUUGGGGGAUUGGAGAGAUUUGGCCUGAGCAGAAUUUAUGACAUUUGGAAGCUCAGCUUACCUGCAGAUGUCAGGAAAAACUCAAACCUGGUAAUUGAAGAUUCCUUCAUCAAAAAAUGGGAAGACUCGGAGGGGCUGCCGGGGCUGAGGGAAUACGCGGCGCGUGUGGACGACAGGGACCUGGAGGUGAAGAUUUCCAUCGUGGAGAAGUACCGGGAGAGGAUCCCAGAGCUGGUCACCAGGAUCAGAGGCAGCCACGUGUCCCAGGAAUCCCUGGCAGAUUUUCUCAUCGGGACCGUGCACCAAGCCAAGGGCCUGGAAUUCGACACCGUUUGCGUCGCGGAUGAUUUUGUGCAAAUCCCUUCUGUCAGUGGGGCUUUCCUGAGAAUGAACAUUGCUCUUGACAGGACCCCUCAGGAUGAGUGGAACCUGCUCUACGUGGCCGUGACCAGAGCCAAGAAGUGCCUGCUGAUGUCCAAAUCCCUGGAAAACCUUUUAUGCCUGGCUGGAGAGCGUUUUCUCCGGGUGGAGCUGCUGAGUGAGGCUGGGAAGGACAAGGAUGCAGCUCCUGUUGCUUGCUGUCUGUCAGGAUGUACAAAAUCCCUGGAACUCAGCUCCGGGCUGGUGGUGAAGAAGCUCCCAUUGAUUCACAGCGAUGGCAGCCAGGACCCAGGGGGAUUCCUUUGCCAGGCUUGCACCCAGAUGUUCUUUGGCUCCCUGACUCCACUCACCUCUUUCCCAACAAUCCAGUAGGAGCCCAUCCAGCUCUAACAAAGCCCUCCAGCUUCCCAGAUCUAUCCUGGAUGUGGCACAAAUCCUCUUGGCACAUCCCAGCUCCAAAUUCCAGGUGAACGUUGGAACAGGAUUUCAGUCCAGCUCCAAAUUCCAGGAUGUUCCCAGCUCCAGAGGAACUUCCAGGCUCCCUGGGAGUGAUGUGAUGCCUUUCCUCUAGCCCUGCCUCAUCCUCCAGGAGCUGGGAGUGGGAUAUCCAGAGGAAUCUGCACUUUAGGAAUGGAUCAGACAGAACAGGAUUAAUUUUGGAACAUUCCCUCUCUUCCCCCUGUCAUCCAGGGGAUAUUCCUGAAAAUCUCAUCAUUCCUGGAAAUCCCUCUGAUCUGCUGGAUAAAGAGGAAACACAACGCUGGAAAGUAUCCAAAGAAAGUUUACUUCUUGUAAAUGAACUGUUCCUGUCCAGCCAUGGGAGGAAAUCAUGACACUCUCCCAGUGAAUUAAUUUUCUAUCCUUGAAGCUGAGGGGUUUCCUUGGAUUCUUUCCCUUCUCCCUGCAGCCAACCAGGAAGGAAGAAAUGAGGUAGCAGCAGAAAAAUUCCUUUGGACUGGUUCCAGCCAAACUCAGGGACAAACUGAAGAGGGAUUUCCUAUCCUAAAAUUAAGUGCAUAGCCAACAAAAAGCCUUAACACUUCCUUUGUGUCUCUUCCCUGCCCUUAAAUACCCUUCAUUUCCCGGGAAUGCUCAGGUGGAUCACGCUCUCAGUGCGCUGUGCCACAAUUCCAGAGGCUGUGCCAUGGGAAAUCAAAACUGAAAGUGGUUUUAGGAAUCUGCCCUUGGACACAGGCUGGAGCUGUGGGCUGUGCCUGCUGCAGGAAUCUCAGACAUCCUGAUUUUUUCCAUUCAUGGAGCUGCUUCCCUCCCUCUCCUUUCAAUAUCAAAGCCAACUCAGGAAUGCAUUCCCAUCGUGGGCAGGAAUUCCCUCAAACCCUUGGAUCGGGAUGGAAGCCAUUGGAUCAGGCACCUCCAGUGCUCCCUUCCAGCCUCUCCUGUUUCCCGAGCAUCCCAAGUUCCUUGGGAGCAGGGAUGUGCCCAGUGCUGUGCCUGUCACACAUCCCGGGAUCAGAGGCACAAACAGGGCAAGAGCAGCAUGGAAAAGCUGUGGAAUUUCAGCUGUUGGAUCCCUCCUGCUUCCCAAGCUUUUUGAGAACUGGCAGCUUCAGAGGGUGGGAAUGAACCCUUCACUUGCGUGGUGUCCAAUGAGAAUGUCCUUGGUGCUGUGGGGAUGGAUUCAUCCCAAUCCAGUCCUUCCCAGCUGAGACAUCCAGUUAAAGAAUCCACUGCUCUGUUAUUUUCUAUAUAAAAUAUAUGUAUUUAUACAUAAAAAUAAAUAGCUACCUUUUCCAGGAAACAACAAGUGGAUAAAACCUGGAUAAGGAAACAACAAGUGGAUAAAACCUGGAUAAGGAAACAACAAGUGGAUGGAUAAAGGAAAAACACACAAAAGGAAAAUAUUCCCUGAAUUGUGUUAUUUGGUCCUUGCUGAGACUGCUCCAGCUUGGAUUCCCCGUGAGCCGGUGGGGAUCGGGAUCCAGAGCCGGGAUCGGUGCUGGAAGUGCUUCCAAAGGAUCCCUGAGCUGUGUGUGGGGUGGGAUGCUCCCAACACCUUUGGCUCUGGCCCAGUGGCUGGAAGAGAGCAGGAAAGGGAUGAGGAGGUGGGGAAAUGCUUGGCUGGGUCCCUCUCCGUCCAUUUUCUGGGAUCUGGGACAAAGCCAGGAAAGGGAUGAGGAUGUGGGAAAAUGCUUGGCUGGGUCCUUCUCCAUACAUUUUCUGGGAAAGGGAUGGGGCAAGUAUCCAGCGAAACCAACUCUAUCCAUGCUCCUAGACAGGGAAUAGGAAUUACCUGGGGCAGGGCAGCUCAGCUUCAUCCCAAACCCCAUCCCGACAUCCCAACCCUCUCCCUACCCACUGCCAGCAUCCCCACGGCCAAUUCCGCCAAAUCCCAGCUCCCAGUGCAAGACACCCACCCACCUAUGGGAUCAUCCAUGGGAAUCAUCCAUGUUCAGGCCGGGAAGAGCAGCCAAGCAUCCCUGGCUGCUCCUCAGGGAAGCAUCCAGAAUUCCAUCCUCCGGCAUCCCUCGGGAUGGUGGGUGCGCCCAGUGUCCCCAGGGUGGGCGCUCAGCCCGUGGGGACAAUGACAGGAGGUGCCACCUCCUCACUCCCAGGAGGAUGAGCCUCCAUGGGAAUGUCCAUCUCUGUCUCCAUGUAGCCCUGCCUGGUGCGCCUGUGCAGGGAAGAGGAGCAUCAGUGGCAUUCCGAGGCUUUUCUUUGGAAAAGCUUUGGAAAACUCAUUCCUGGGGUUUGGCACUUACUUCCUCCUCCUCCAGCAGCAGACGGCCGCAAUUCCAAUGGCCAGCAGCACCAGGAGUCCUGAGGGAUGGACACUCAGGCUUACCAACAGAAGAGGCCACGGACUGGAUGGAAACUGGAAAAAAAGAAAGAAAAGAAAUUUUGAGCUGGAGAGGUAGGAAAGGGAUGGAUGCUGGGAGGAACCUCACUGAAAAGGAGGUUGGAGAGAAGGAAGAAUUCCAUUGGAAAAGCAGAAGAAACAAGCCCCAGGGGAGGAACGGAACAUGGGUGGCACUCGUAUUUCUCCAGUCCCAGAUUCCCAUGGAGCACUUACGGAUGCACUGGAGCGUGGGGUCGGUCCAGCGGGGCUCGGAGCCGUUCCAGAGGAUGCACUGGAUGAGUUGCUUGGAAUCUUCUCUUCCCAAAAAAUGCCCAAGUUGUUCAAACAAGAUCCCAGCAGCGCCACUCUCCAGGAUCACCAUCCAUGGAUUGCAGCUUGUUUGAUGGGACCAAGCACAUCCCAAGAGGGAAAAGGGGAGGAAUCAGCUGGAGAUGCAGGAUUUAGGCUUUAAUUCCUCAGAAGUGAGUUGGAAUUUCCCAUGGAUGGAUCAUCCCAGGUGCUCAAAGGCUCAUCCCCUUCUUGGCCAACCUCCCAAAGGAGCCGACCAUGCCAGGAAAACACCUCCAGCUGCCUUAUUUCCACCUGGAUCCUGCUGGGAUAAAGCAUCCAGCUUGCAACGUGCUUGAUAUUUUGCAUUUCCAUGGAUUUUUUUACUUCAUUUAUUCUGUUUUUCUCCACCAGGAAAAACUUGUCUGUUCUCCUUAAAAAAUUAUCAGGAAAAGGCCCAGAGAGGUGGGGUUUUUCUGCUCAAAAUUUAAAAGCCAUGAGCCAAAAAAAAAAAAAAAGAGAAGAAAAGAGGAAUUUCACAAAUCUGGAUGCAAGAAAAAUCCAUGAGAAAUGCCAAGAUCAUGUAAAUAAAUAAAACUUUCAUGUUUUAACUCAGAAGUAUUUCCAGCUGAGCAGGAGAGAACAGUGGGAACAUCGUGGGAUACAGCAGCACAUCCCGAAUUAUCCAUCACAUGAACUAAAAGAAAUAAAUAUUUGUUUUCUCUAAUACCCCCUAAACCCACGUUUUUUGCCCCAAACAGGGAUCCUGGUGGCAGCACUGCUGCCUGGAGUGUUGUCUGGAUGUCUGGGCUUGGUGGUCAGUGAGGAAUGACUUUAAGGGGGGCUAAUUUUAGGUGUUUUAGGGGCUCUUCUGACUUUUGUCCCCCAAGACUUUUAUGUUCCCGGCCAUUCUGUUAUAAAUAGGGAUAAAUUCAUUUCCCAGGGCUUCAGGAGCACACAGCAGCUUGGAGAAGAGUGAGCACUGAAGCUGUGCCAAAGUUUUGCAUUUCCUUCCAUCCUUACUUCACAGAAUCCUUCGCAGCUGCCACAUUAUCAGCAAAUUAAAUAUUUCCUAAUGGUCUUUCUGCUUCCAGCAGCUCCUGGGAGGAUGAGCCAGAGCAGAGUUCCAAGGGUGGAGUUGUGAUGAGAUUUUUCCCAAAGCUCCAAGAGCAGCAGAGCUGGGGAAGGGUCUGGAAAAUCAGGAAAAGCUGAGGGAGCUGGGAAGGGGCUGAGCCUGGAGAAAAGGAGGCUCAGGGGGGACCUUGUGGCUCUGCACAAGUCCCUGCCAGGAGGGGACAGCUGGUGGGUCAGGCUGUCGGGCUCCAGGGGGAUUUUAGGGAAAAUUUAUUCCUGAAAAAGUUGGUAAAGCAUCGGAAUGGGCUGCCCAGGGCAGGGGUGGAGUCCCCAUCCCUGGAGGGAUUUAAAGCCAUGCAGAUGUGGCACUUGGGGACAUGGCUCAGUGGUGGCCUUAGCAGUGCUGGGUUAAUUCAGUGACUUUGAAGGUGUCUUUCAGCUAUCAUGAUCCAGUGAUUCCAGGAUUUUGGACUUUAGCAGCACCAAGACAAUGAUGUGACCUUCCAGGCUCAGCAGCCACGGACAACUCCUGGUGCCAUGGAAAACCCACGGAGCGCACCCAGGCCAAAAUCCCACAGUGAUGCAGCUGCCAUGGGUCCAUCACACCCAUCCUAAAAUCACCCCCAAACUCCCUGGACACUGUGAGGAGGUGGUGUGGGAAUGCCAAGAGCGAGACCACCCAGGCUGUGGGAAGGAGCCACUGCUGCAUUUAUGGCCUCGGGCUGGAGCAAUUCCAGCCUUUCCAGAGCUUUCCAAGGGAAAUGUGUCCCUGCUGGAGUGGCAGAAGUGUGACCCCACAGCUGAGGAAUCCAGCAGGAACCAGAGGAGCAUCAGGGUGGGCUGUGCUCACCUCAGGGGAUCUCCGGUGGGAUUUUUUGGAACUUCAGCUCCUUUUUGGUGCGAGAGGGGAAAGCAGCUGUGAAACCACCCCGGGGGAUUUUGGCCACGGGGUUGCUCGAGGUCUCAGCGUCUAGUUUGGGGACUUCCAGUUCUCAGAUGUUUUUGAGAACCAACCUUUUCCCAAAGAGAAUCAGCAGAUUUUGGUCCCGAGCCUUUAUUUGAUCCAAUUAAAUUAUUCGAGGACGGAAGAGCGCUGAACAAAACAUGAGGUUGUGAAAAUUGCAGCUGGAGGCUUGGACACAUCUCCUUUUCCCUGCAAAUAACAUUCCCAGAGGGAUUCUCCUGAAAAAAAAAGUGAAUUCAGACCUUUUUGCAUUCUCUGAGGGUGAGAAGGAAGAGGGAAGAUUUUCCACCCUGACUUUCUAGGAAUAAAUAAACAUCCAUCACGUGGGAUUUGGUUCCUUUUCCCCUUCUAUAAUUAAUUCCAGUCAGCUGGGGAAACCCUUUCCUUUUAAAGUUUAUCUUUCCUUUUUAAAGUUUAUCUUUAUAAAGUCUAAAGUUUGUAUUCCUUUUUAAAGUUUAUCUUUAAAGUCAGUAAUUAUCAAAUUCCACUUGGCUCUGCUGUCAAGAGCUGGGAAUUAUGAUAGGCUGGGAAUCUUGAAUAUAAACCUGUGCUAAAUCACUGGGAAAACUUGUAAAUAAACCCAAAUAUUCCCCUUGGAA